CGGGCGUCCACCCCCCCUCCCUAUCAGCGCUUUCCCUCUUCUCGCAGCCUGAGUUUCUGUCUAUCGGUGUUGUUGUUGAUGCGAUGAUGGCGGCAGCGGGAUGCGGAUCAGCAACCGCGGCUGCCGUUGUGGGCGCAGGCGGCGUGGGCGCGGCGCGGGGUCGCUUCCCCGGCCGGCCUUGGUCGUCGCGAAGCCGUUUGCGUUCGGAGAAGCGAUGGCAGCUCGGCCGCUCUGGGACAGAUCUAGACGAGAUCUCCUCCAACGGAGGCCCGAGGCCCACCUGCCUGGUGCUCGCGCUGAACGAGGACCAGUCUCACUUGCGCCUUCUCGGGCUUGAGGCGAGCUACAAGAGCCUAGGAGAGGCUGGAUACAGCUCGAGUGGAAGCGAAGAGGGAGCUGAAUUCAAAGGCUUUGAAGUUCAAGAUGAAAAUAGCAGCGCUCCAGUUCGCGCUGGACGAAAUGCAUGUAAACGUGAUCGUGUUUCGGCAAAGUCGUCGAAGAGGAUACGUCAAAGGCGGUCUCUUCCGGUGUCCCCUUUAGUGGAAAGCACAGGUUCACAAGAUCCUCAAAAUGAUUCAGGUUCUGUUCAGCAACUCCACAGUCAAGAGUCUCUAAAGGACACAUCAGUAGAUGACGGUGGUGGUGGUGGUGAUGGAGGACCGGAGAAGCGCACCAGGAGUAAAAGAGGGUCAACAAAACAGGAGACCCAGUCAACACCAAGAAUCACAAUUAAAUUGGUGGCUAAAAAGAAAGUGGUUACAGUUCCAUCGGUUCAACGUAAAUCUGGUAAGAAACAAAAGGAAAUCAAAUCUGAAGUUACAGAAAGUCAAUGUGCCCAAAUCUCAAGUGCUCAUGUGAAAUUAAAGACAAGCGUACCAGCCAGUGAAUCUAGUGCUGGUGAGGCAAAGCAGGAGAUUUGUACUAGAAGGCGAGGAAGAUCUGCUGACAAGAAAUCAGAACCCACUCCACAAAAAAAUCCUGAAAAUGAGGCCAAUGACCAAAAACUGAAGCUGAGGAAAUCAACUCGGAGGUCUCAAAAUCCACUGCCCAGUGAAAGUACAGAGACAAAACCUGAUGAAAAGUCAGCACAAGAAGGAUCAGAAGUAAAUAAGCUUGUGAUUAGGAGGCAACACAGAAGGUCCUCAAAUGUUCCACAGAAUUCUGGUGAUCAGAGUUUAGCAGAGGCGCUGUUGGAAGUCUCUACAAUUGAUGAAUCCAAGCCACCUUCAAAGAAGAAAAAGGAUAAAAAGAAAAAGAAGAAGAAAAACCGCAAAGAAUCCGAAAGGAAACAGGAGCCUCAUUCACCAUCAUCAAAAGAUCUUGGUCCUUCAGCUGAUGAUCCUCAAAAGCUUGCUUUCGACAAUGACUUUGUCGGAAUACCAGGUCUGAGACUGACCAGGAUACGAAACCCCAAAGCCCGGUCUCGCAAGAAACGCUGCAAGUUUGUGUGGACUCUCACUCUGGUGAAAAGCAAAAGCAAAGAUUCCCAAAUCCAAGAAAAUCCAAUUAAAACCCAAGAAAGCAAAAGCAAUGAUUCUGAGGUCCAAGGUGAUCUCAGCAAAACCCAAGAAAUCGAAAGCCAAGAAUCUCAAGUCCAAAGCGAAGUAGAAGAAAACCCCAGCGCAGAAGCAGAACUUCCUGCUAAAUGUGAUGAGGAAGUAGAUGUUUCUGCAGAAGCAGAAUCCAUAUCCCCUCCUUCCAACAUUUUGGAAACUGACUCCUCACAGGAGUCUCAAAACGUAGAGAACACUGCCAGUGCUGUAAUUCCAGAAAUCCCAGAGAACCCCGUAGCCAUUGGGAAGGUUGAGGAGACUCCAGAAAAGGAAAAUGAGGAGGUUCUUGAAAGCCCAGAAAUUGAAACAGAAGCACAUCCAGAAGAGGCCACUCAGACGGACCCUGAAGAUCCGAUCAGUAAAGAUACUGUUCCACCACUUCAAAUCAAAGUUGUCUCCUCACCAGGAAAAAACAACAGUCUAAAGCAGUCCUUCUUAGUUCAGCAAGUCACAACUUCACCUGAAAUACAAGAACCCACAAAAGUUGAAGACCAUGAACAUGUAGAGAAGAUUGAGAACGUGUUGGAAAUGACUGCUACCACUCCCAUCCCCAAAGUAAGAAAAAGACUUCGUCAAAACACUGCUCGGAAGAAGCGUGGAAAACAUAAACACUGGACAAUUUAUAGGCGAAAAUGUAGAUUGAAUGCGUCUCAAGAAAACCCAGCUUCUGAAACUGCAACUGAAACCGAAUCUCAGGUGGAAGAAUUGCCAGUAUCAUCAACAGAAGUGCCAGAACCUGUAGAAUCCAAACCAAAAAGGCAUUCAAGUGAAGUUACGCAUAAAAAAGGUAAAAGGUCCGUUCCACCAACUACAGAACCAUUACCUGAAGCAGCUGAACCUCAGGUCAUCGAACAAACUGUUGAAUCGCCUCCAACCAACCCAUUUCUUGAGACAGAACCCGAGCCGGAAAUAAAACUUGAGAUGCCAUCAAUCGAAACUGAAGAGGUCUUAGUAUUAGAGCCUUCCGUUAAAGAUCAUCCACAGGUACUUCGUCCUUCUCGCAGACGAAUAAGGCAAGUCAAGCGAAGACGAAAGUCUUUGAUUGGACGGCGAAUUAAAAACUCAAAAUUGCAAAAGAAGGAGUUGGUUGAGGUUAGUGAAGAUUGCCCACCCUUGACCAGCUCUGAAGUAGAAGAACCUAAACUAGUUGGUAUAUUCUCAACAAAGUACAAGAGGAAAAGAAUUUCAAGUCUUCAGUCAUUAGAGGGUAGACGGAAAAAAGCCAAGCUGUUAUCGAAGCAGCUGGAGAACGCCAGUGGAGAACAACUUUCCGAUCAGGGAGAAAAGGAUACUGUGAUUGUGAAAACGGACCAAGAUCAAGAUAUCCAACACAGCAAAACAAAGUUCAUGAAAACCAUCAGACAUUUCAUAAUGCCAGUCGUGAGCGCCCGAUCCUCUCGGGUUAUCAAAACGCCAAAGAGGUUCAUGGAUGAUCUUGGUAUGUCAGAACUUCCUCGCAAGAACUCCCAAAAGAAGCUUGGUCUGCAACCAAAAUCAAAGAAACGUGAUUCUAGUGAAAAAGGUGAACCUGGAUCCUUUCAGUCUCAGGAUGAAGAUAAUAAUCUGAGUGAAGCUGAUCUUGAUUUGUCUUCCACUUGGGAAUCAAAACCUAAAUCACCUGAAGAUGAAGCUGAGAUCUUCAGUGAGGAGAAGCAGCCUGGGAAAAGACGAUCGCUACUUAGAGAUCCCGGUUUCAAAUGGGGAGUGCUGGAGCCUGCCGCUGAGGACGUGUAUACCUUUGAUGAAGAUCUUGACAAGGAGUUGGAGACCUUGCUAUCCGCCAAAGAUUUUCCUAUGGACCCGUUUCUCGAUCCUGUCCAAAAGAAGAAAAAGUCCACAAAAUUCAAAGCGCAAUCAUCGAAAUUUAGGUUAUACAAAAAACUUAAACUCAAACAGAGUCUCGCAAGGCGCAAAAAGACCCCAAAGGACAAAAUGGGUAAAGUUGUAUCGUCCCCUGCCAAGACACAGAAGAAGGAGAUGGAAGAAGGGGCCAGUCUCAUAAAGUCUCUGAGAGAUAUGAAGAAGGAAAAAGCAAAACUCAAGAUUGAGGAUCUCAACACCCCUGGGGUUGUUCGCAAAGUCUCCAUCUGUGUCCGAGCUCUGAGUGCCAAGUUACUGGCUCAACACCAGGCAAAAGACAUCCAAGAGGAUGACCUGCCAGAUGAGUUCUCCAUUCAUACAGACAUCUCGCUUCCCAAUAAAUGCAAAGACUUUGAUGAGAUGCAUCUUAAAGAAUCAGAAGCACCGGUUUCUGAGAACACUCAGAAAAAUGCCGUUGACGUUGAGGAGAAAACCGCCACCCAGCGCCCUCGGCUUACAGGAGCCAACAAGCGGAUGUUCAACCUCCUCAAGAAAGCCAAGGUUCAGCUCAUCAAAAUAGACCAGCAGAAACAGCUGAAAUCAUCUGGGCUCUUGCCGGAGGGUAGAAUCACUGCAACAAAGAGACAGAGGCGAAAACCGAAAGAACGGCUUGAAAAUGCCUGUCCCAACAAGACUGAAGCUUCUCCAGAGCAGGAACCUGCCAGAGGAGGGCCUCGCAUUAAGCAUGUAUGCAGAGCUGCAGCUGUGGUUUUGGGUCAGCCUCGUGCCAUGGUCCCCGACGACAUCCCCCGACUCAGUGCCCUACCUCUUCACGAGAGAUCGGAUAUAUCCCCUUCACCCGCAGAAAAAGGAGUCGAGUCUCACUCGGAUCCAGAAAGCCCUGUGUUACAAGAACACAGGACACCCAAGUUUCGCCGUGGUAAGGCUCAUUUGUUUGGGAACCGGUCCAGGCGGUGUGGGGAGUGUAAAGGUUGUCUACAUGAGGAGGACUGUGGCAGGUGCAUAAACUGCUUGGACAAACCCAAGUUUGGUGGCCCAAACACAAAACGGCAGUGCUGCGUAUACAAGAGAUGCGAUCAGGUGGAGGAAAGGAAGGCCUUGAGGCUAAGUGUCAAGCUCCAAAAAGGAAACGUGAAGAAGCGGCGUCCGUCGAUCAGUGGAGGUCACUCAAGUAAUGAGGAAGGUGAGGGCGCCGAUGGAAUCGGGCGACCGUUUCCAGGCUCUUUGAGUGACAGUCCAUCUGUGCGGAAACAACCACGCCGGCACGUUAAACCACGUUCUUACUGCGACCUGUUGGAUUACGACUCCGACUUUGACUGGAUAGGAGGAUCUAAUUCAACCUCUCCAGCCCGCAGAAGAACUCCUGGCCUCCGCAACUCAGAUUUUGUGUCAUUUGACGACUUCAUUGGCGAUGCUUUUGACGAGGGAGUCCGGCAUCGCAGAUCUAGCUUUCACAAGGUUCCACCCAUCAAACGGAAAGUUGAGAAGAGCCCUCAGGAACAGACGCCGCCCAGCGUCUUGGCAGCCCUUGCCAAUGGUUUUGCAGAGAGAGAACAGGAGCCCGCAGAACCCACACACAAGAUCCGUGUCGAUUUUAAGGAGGACUGUAGUGUGCAGAGCGUGUGGACGACAGGAGGCCUGAGCAUCCUGACUUCUGUACCCCUCGUGCCCCAGUAUGUCUGUCUGCUGUGUGCCAGUAAAGGCCAACAUGAGAUGCUGUAUUGUCAAGUCUGCUGUGAGCCUUUCCAUCGCUUCUGCUUGGAUCCUUCAGAGCGCCCACUGGAAGAGAACAAGGAGAACUGGUGCUGUCGUCGCUGCAAGUUCUGCCGAGUUUGUGGACUCAAGAAUAAAGAAUCCAAGCCCCUGCUGGAGUGUGAAAGGUGUCAAAAUUGUUAUCAUCCUGCCUGUCUGGGUCCAAACUACCCCAAACCCAACAAACGUAAAAAGCCUUGGGUCUGUAUGACAUGCAUUCGAUGCAAGAGUUGUGGUGUGACACCAGGAAAGAGCUGGGACACUGAGUGGAAUCAUGACAAGGGUCUGUGUCCUGACUGCACUAGGCUGUUUGAUCAAGGUAACUACUGCACCAUGUGCUUCAAGUGUUAUGAAGAUAAUGACUAUGAUAGCCAGAUGAUGCAGUGCUCCACAUGUAACCACUGGGUCCAUGCUAAAUGUGAAGGCCUGACAGAUGACUUGUAUGAAAUCUUGUCGAGUUUGCCUGAGAGUGUGGUGUACUCCUGUCAGCCGUGCUUACAAGAGCAGCCCGAUGGAGAGGACGUUAAUGGAGCGGGGUGGAGGGAACUACUCGACCAGGAGCUAAAGUCUGGCUUAGAGAGGGUGCUGUCUUGCCUGCUGAGCUCCAGCCUCACUAAGCAUCUGGUCACCUGUAAGAAGGUGGGCGUCCAAACUCUCCUAAACAUAGUAUGCUGUACUUUUAAAGUUGCAGCAGGCCAUUGUGUGUUUAAGAAGUCGUCAAGAGUCUAG